CCAUGGGCCUUUGCGUAGUGCGAAAUUCCUUUCAUACGAAGUGCUUGAUGCUCCGAGUGGAGAGUCUGGUGGCCGAGAGAAACUGAAGAUAUUUUAGAAAAUAACUCUCUAGAAAAGGAAAUAAUAUCCGAUGAUGAUAGUUUACUUAGUAAUGGAUAAAGAUGCGCGAUGAUGUGUGCGUAGGAGAAGGGGAAACAGGAUGCCUUCAGGAAACUCUCUAUUUAUUCCGUGAUGCGACGAGGUGGCGAUUCGUCACAAUACCACGAUGAAACUCCUCGUCGGAGAGUUCGCCGUUUGCAUUCCCAGGAAGAAAGACUUCAAAUUAGUGACAUAAAAGGAAGGACACAAGAAAUGAGUGAGAAUGUUCCGACUUCUCCUUACAAAACAAGUCCGUUUAUGCCCCCCCAAAGCCCAGGAUCUACGCAAAACCCUGUUUCCCCGCACCGGACAUACCAACACAACCUCCCUCGUGGAAGUCAGUCCAGUGUGCCGCCAUCACCCCACUCAUACCACUCAGCUCCUUCACCUUCACGCUAUGCUGGACCAUCAGCCUACAUGCCUGGUGCCAUUUCUCCCUCCUCUGGUAUCUGCACUCCAUCCUGUGCCACCCCUAGUAGUGUCAUGAGCCCUGGACCUAUAAGUCCGGAUUUCUUUGGCCAUGGUAUGGUUGAGAGUCCUGCUCCUAUUCGCUCCCCUAUUUACACAGAUUACCAGAGAGAACAAUUCACCUAUCCUCAGGGGCCUUCUCCUGGAGGCACAGUACAUCACCAUGGGUACAAUGCUCCUCGUAGACCACCACCUAUACCAAGUCCUACAGGGUUUCCCAACCAGCCGUCACCAGGAGGUCUGAAUCCAAGAGGUAUGGGUCCAGUGAGCUCACCUGGAGGACUGCAUCCACCCCCUUCUCCAGUUUAUAGAACUCAUAAUCCAAAUUUGAAUCCUGACAAGAUAGCUAAUCCUGCUGGGAGGAAACACAAUCCUGUACCAGUAGGAAAGCCUGCAGAUUCGCCUGAGACUGCAAGGCUUCGGCAGUUGGUUAUUGACUAUUAUAGUACUGAAAUGGAAAAUGUGCGUGGUAAUUAUCGUGAAAAAUUGCAAGAGCUGUUUUUUCUUCAAAGUGGAGGCAACAUGAUGGAUUACUUGCAAUUCAAAAGAAAGCCGACCCCACAAAUGAUGAAUUUCUUGAAUUCAAAUAGACUUGAUGACAAUGUGCUUCACGCUUUACAAAGCUCAACACCAGUGAGCCUUGGAAUGCCUGCAGUAUCACAACAAAUGUGGCAACCCCAGACCCAAAAUGGGAACUUUGCUUCUAUGCAGGUGCCAACUUACGAACAAGCUGGUCUUGAUCCUCGUAAAACACAGUCACAUUGCAACUACAAUAUGAAUCCUGCUUAUCAGCAAUAUCCUGAAGGAUUUGCUCCUAACGUAUCACCCUUCACUGGUAACCAGGUGAAUCGGACGCAAAUGAGACCUGAACUGUCUCGAUCCACUUCAGUACCAAAUCCACACAUGGUUAAUGUACCACAUCAAAAUGGCAGUAAUGUAACUAAUAUUCCUGUUGGAGGGCAUCCUUCUAAUCCAACUCCUGCUGCUAUACACCGCAGUAUGUCUGUAGGAGGGCAGCCUCGAGUGAAUGGUCCUGGUAACCCGUCUGCCCAUGCUAAAAGUUUGUCCUAUGUUCACAAGGGGCAGUCAGUUAUGUCUGUCUUGGAUAACUCCUUUGGCAGCCAGGAAGAAAUUGUUGUUGAAGCUAAAAAGGAAGCCGAGGUAAUAAAAAGAGUUAAUGAGCUUAGAAAAGAGGGACUUUGGUCUACAAGGAGAUUGCCUAAAGUACAGGAAACUCCAAGAAAGAAAGCCCAUUGGGAUUACUUACUUGAGGAAAUGCAGUGGCUGGCAACUGAUUUUGCACAAGAGCGGCGGUGGAAACGUGGUGCUGCAAAGAAGUUAUCAAGAGCAGUUAUGAAACACCACCAAGAACUCAGAAGCAAGGAAGUUCGAGCAGAGAAGGAGGAGUCUGUCAGAUUGAAAAAGAUUGCCAGUAGCAUAGCCAAGGAGGUUAAGCAGUUCUGGGCGAAUGUGGAAAAGGUUGUACAGUACAAAGUGCAAAGCAGGUUAGAAGAGAAGCGUAAAAAGGCACUAGAUGACCAGCUUAACUUCAUUGUUGACCAGACAGAAAAGUACUCUUCCUGGCUUGUUGAGAGCUUGAAGCCUCAACCAUCAAGCGCACCUGGCUCUGUAGUCUCCACUGCACCCACCUCGCCCAUCUCAUCCAAGGUUGACAGUGAGUUUGAACCUAGUGACCAGGGAAGUGAUGUUGAGGAGACUAUUGAGGAGCAAGAGCAAGUGGAGAAGCUUGACAGGGAGAAAGAAAUAGAACUGUUACAGCAAGAUAGUGAAAUGACAAUUGAAGAGAUCUUGGAGAAUUUACCGCCUCAGAUGCUGGAAGAGAGAAGUGAUGAAAGCAGCAUGGAUGAGGAUAGUGAUGCAGAUUCCAGUGCUGAUGAUGCAAGUGAUGAAAGCAAUGAAAGUGACAUAGAGGUUGAUGACAAGUCUAAGGAAACAGAGAAACCAUCAACAUCUAAAGCAAGUGUCCCACCAGCAGCAGAUAGGGAAGGAGACAAGGAGUUUGUGUUGGCAGAAGAGACGGAGGAAGAUGAUGAACAGACCUUGGAUGAACAGGAGAAAGUAGAGGGUGAUGCCAAUCAUGAUGAAGAAAUUGCUAAUCUGGAAAAAGAAGGUGACAUGCCUAUUGAAGAGCUUCUCAAGAUAUAUGGCACAGGUGAUGACACCUCUGACUAUCUUCAUACUGAGGAGGGAACACCAGCGGACACAUCUGAAGAGGAAGAAGAGGAGGAGGCCACUGAAGAGGAGUCCACAGAGUUCCUUGUCAGGCAGGAAGAAGAGGGAGACACCCCUGACGACCAACUGACAAGUGCGGCUGCUACUGCGGAAAGUCUUCAACCCAAGGGCUUCACCCUAGAGACAACCCAGAUUCAAACUCAAGUGCCCUUCCUGUUGCGUGGUACUUUGCGUGAGUACCAACUGAUUGGCUUGGACUGGCUGGUCACCAUGCAUGAGAAGAGGUUGAACGGCAUCCUGGCAGACGAGAUGGGACUUGGUAAAACCAUCCAGACCAUAUCAUUGCUGGCUCAUCUCGCCUGCGAAAAAGGAAUCUGGGGUCCCCACUUAGUGGUAGUACCUACAAGUGUCAUGCUUAACUGGGAAAUGGAGUUCAAGAAAUGGCUGCCGGGGUUCAAAAUCCUGACUUACUAUGGAAACCAAAAAGAACGCAAGCUGAAGAGACAGGGCUGGACAAAGUGUAAUGCCUUCCAUGUGUGUAUCACAUCAUACAAACUUGUUGUUCAAGACCAUCAAGCCUUUAGGAGAAAGAAAUGGAAGUACUUCAUCCUUGAUGAGGCCCAAAACAUCAAGAAUUUCAAGUCUCAAAGAUGGCAGUAUCUGCUGAACUUCAAUAGCCAACGCCGCCUCCUUCUAACAGGAACACCCCUGCAGAAUAGUCUAAUGGAGCUGUGGUCGCUCAUGCAUUUUCUGAUGCCACACCUGUUCCAGUCCCAUAAGGACUUCAAAGAGUGGUUCUCUAACCCUUUGACAGGAAUGAUUGAGGGGAGUAGGGAAUACAAUGAGAACCUUGUAAAAAGACUGCACAAGGUUCUUAGACCCUUCUUGUUGAGGCGAUUGAAAUCAGAGGUUGAGACUCAGAUGCCCAAGAAGUAUGAACACGUUGUCAAGUGCAGGUUAUCCAAGAGACAAAGAUUUCUCUAUGACGACUUUAUGUCCCGCGGAAAGACCAAGGAGACUUUGGAAUCUGGACACUUUCUAAGUGUAAUCAACAUUCUGAUGCAGUUACGCAAGGUAUGCAACCAUCCAGAUCUCUUUGAGGGUCGCCCCACUCUCUCACCCUUUCAAGUUGAAGGAAUCAAUUACUACACUGCAUCUCUUGUUCUGCGGGCCUUGGAACGCAAACCAUUUGAGGAGGUCAGCUUUGGAUACCUAAACCUUUGUCUUGCUGAUAUAGAGACAACAGUGACAAGUUACACUGCAUACAGGACACAGUCCUUGCAAACUCCGCGACAGCUGAUCGUAGAGGUAGACUCACUACCAGACCCUGUGACACCACUUGUUCCACCAGCGAAGGUCAGAAGACUUAUUCCCACAGGACUGCCUGUGGGUGUGUCACCGGUUAAGACUGAGGGCUACCCAGGAGCUCCCAUGAUUAUGCAUCCUCAGGGUGACCGUCAGCUUCCAUCUUCCAUGAGCGCUGCUGCCAAUUCAUCCAUGUGGCCACAAGAUGCCAUGCGGUUUGCUCGGCCAGUGACCUCUAUGCAAAUGGGUAUGGCAACACAGCGACCUCCAGGUGUGCACAGCAUAACUCAUCCACAUGGUACCAGGCAAAGUGAUUAUGUCAAGACUGCAGGGAUGUCUGCUAUGGGUUUGCUUAAGUCCCUCCCUCCACCACCACCAUAUCCAGGGCACACUGUUGGCUAUGAAGCCUAUCGGCAGCACCCCCCUCAUGCCUCUACUACAACAGACAUGAGUGGGGUGUCUCCAAGUCAGAGAAAUGACCCACUUGCCAGUCACCAUGUAACCCCUGAGGCUAGACCUGUCUCACAGACAAAGAAAAUGGCAGUGGAACCUGCAGCCACUAAAGCACCCACCCCUCAGCCAAACAGAGCUUCUCCAUUCUUCCUGAGUAAAAUUGCUGAUAGAAAGUCUGUUUACCGACGAGACAAGCUUCAACACAUAGCUGCAUUAAACACAGCCCACUGUGCUGCCCAGCCUGUUUAUGGUAUAGACCUUGUGAAAGCUGUCACGAUUGUAGAGACCAUUGGUACAGGGGGUAAUUGUGUUAUGCCUGACUCCCUAAACGAGCUUGUCAAAUCUCCAGAGCAAAGGAUUUGUGAAAUGGAUGAAAUUAUCAACAGAUUUGUGUUCUUCGUGCCGGCUGUGAAUACAGUAGGGGUCACCAUGCAUACUUCUCACCCCCCACCACACCUAGUAAAUACGAACAAGAUCAUGGCUGAGUCCCUGCAGAAAGAGUUGAUGCCAAAAACCUCCUUCAUGCACCCGAUAUCAAGAGGCAUGACUGUUCAGUUCCCAGAAGCACGUCUGAUUCAGUAUGACUGUGGCAAACUUCAGACACUUGAUAAUCUAUUACGGCGACUCAAGGCUGGAAAACACAGAGUACUUAUCUUCACCCAGAUGACCCGCAUGCUGGAUGUCUUAGAGAAGUUUCUGAACUACCAUGGUUAUGUCUACCUAAGAUUAGAUGGCUCAACUAGAGUAGAACAGAGACAGAUUCUAAUGGACAGGUUCAAUGCAGACUCUCGGAUCUUCUGCUUCAUUCUCUCCACACGCAGCGGUGGUCUGGGUGUGAACCUGACUGGGGCGGAUACUGUUGUGUUCUAUGACAGUGACUGGAACCCCACUAUGGACGCCCAGGCUCAGGAUCGGUGCCAUCGUAUAGGACAGACAAGAGAUGUGCACAUUUACCGUCUCAUUAGUGAACGAACCGUUGAAGAAAACAUCCUUAAGAAGGCUAACCAGAAGAGAAUGCUUGGUGAUAUUGCCAUAGAGGGUGGGAACUUUACUACCGCAUUCCUCAGAGAGGCAAGUCUCAAAGAGUUAUUCAACAUUGAGGCUCCAGAAGGGCCUGAAGCACCAACCCCUGUCAAGCAACCUGAAGAGAAACCUGAAGAGGAAAACCAACAGAAGACUAAAACCACAGAAAGAGACCAGACUUCAGGUGGCCCAGAGCCCAAAGUCACUCAGAAUCUAUUUGAACAGGCCCUCCUAGAUGCUGAGGAUGAGACAGACGCCUGUGCGGCAACACGAGCCAAAGCCGAACAGGCAGCUGAGUUAGCAGAGUUUGAUGAGGGGAUCCCAUAUGCUGACGAAGCAGCAAGAGACUCUCAAAGAGAAGAUGAGUUCUCAAAGGUGGAGGAAGAACUUGUAGCUUUGGAAAGUCAGCUUACCUCAAUUGAAAGGUUUGCUGUGCGCUACCUAGAAACCACUGGAGGAUACAUCACAGUGGAACAAAUAAAGGAAGAGCAACAAGUCGAGAUUGCCAAGAAGGACUGGGAGAUUGACCAUCUUGUGGCCCUGAAGGAGCAAGAAGAAAAGCGUGCUGCAGAAGACGAAGAUGAGAUCUUGUUCACCUACAGCAGAGAGAACUCAACACAGGUGUACAUAAAUGACAUUACUGAUGAGGAGAUGAAGAUUUGGACUCCGCCUACACCACCCCGGGAUGACAUGGAUGAUGUAUACAUUGAUCCAACUGUGGUCCACCUGUACCAGACCACACCCUAUGACGAGAACCACUUGCCAGCCUUGCAUACAACAAGACGGUAUUACAGUAGCAAGAGGAUGGUUCACAGAACUGUCACAUUCUUCAGAGACCACCUUCAGGGGGCUGCAAAGGAUAAAAUCCACAGACCUGCAUCAGUUUUUGACAGAGUUGGAUUUGAGUCAUUUGGCCGCCGACGCAGAGAUUCUUUUACUAAAAGAACAAAGUUGAAGUUGAUGAAACAACCUUCAAUGCAGACAAUAAUGAAACAGCCUGAUUCCUCUCAGGGCACUGGAGUACCAGAAUGGCUUGUACAUGAGGACUGGUCACUACUUCAGGCUGUGAAUUCACUUCAGGAACUCCCAGUUGAUCUUACUGUAGGAGUACCUAGCCAAACACCAAACUGGGAUAUUGUUUGUGAUAUUGUAAAUCUUACAAGCAGGACCUACCGAUCACCAAGACAGUGUCGUGACCGCUACAUCAACAUGAUCAUGCCAAGAGAAGAGGGAAAGGUACCAAUGCCAAUUGAUGAAUCCCUGAAGAAAAUAAAGACCAAAAUGAAGGCCUUUCAAGCCCCACAUCAGAUGUCUAAUAAGCCCAAGCAUGGCAAGACGUUCAAGACUUACUCCCUUCUAGCUCAAGAUGCUGGUCGAGCUCCCACGCAACUGCACAACACGCUCUUUGAACUUGUAAAGAAAACAGCCAGCAAGCGCAAGCCUACAAUGAAGCAAAUGUUGACCGACCCGCAUACUAAGAACUCUAAGCACACCUCUGUGUUGGUAGCAAGUGGCAUAUCUGAAGAGAAAACCAUGAAUCCAGUACAGCUGGCUACCAUCAAAGCAGAGAGAAUUGCCAGAGAGAAGGCGGCUCAGGCUGCUGCGCUUCAGCAACAACAAGCUCAACAACAGCAGCAGCAGCAACAACAACAACAACAACCUGCUACCCAACCGCAGCACACGACACUACAAGCAGGUGCUCAGCCUGCCCCAAAUCAGGGCUCAACUGGACAGGGUGCAGCACCCCAGGUGCACUUUACACAGAAGGCUGGCACCCAGCUCACUGCACAGAAGCUAACUGCAGUCUCUACACAGCUCACUUCCGUCGUCUCAGGAGCACCUUUGCAGAAGUCUACAAACCUCCAGGGUGCAUCUGUAUCUACCGCUGGACUCCUGGCAAAAGGUGGCUUAGUGCUAAGUGGAUCUUCCAUGCCAGGUGGGACGGGGACAAGUAUAAUCAUCAAUACGCCGACAGGGGCUGCGGCUGGUCUGAACUCCACACCAUCUUCCUCAUUUGCUAGCAUCAACAAAAGGAUGCAGAGCCAGGUGGUCGCCUCAGUUGGUCAGAUGCAAACAGUAGCUACCAAUGUACAGAGGAGUUUGCCUGGGACAGUAGCGAGCACUGGCCGUGCACGUACCCUGCAAGCCCCUACCACGUCAGUCACCCUCACCAGCGGUCAGCCGCAGACCUCCACCCAGCAAGUGAUGACCACUGCCCUUGCCUCAGUCUCGUCUGCUGCCCUUGUGGCACAGAUAGCACGGCAGUCCACCACUACAAGUGUGGCUUCAGCAGCAGGUCAUAACCUGUCUGUGGGGCAACAUCAUCUGGUGGCUCAAGCAAAGAACCUGACCCCACAACAGCUAGCCAUUCUCAGACAGCAGCCAGCACAACAGGCGCAGCUUAAGCGAAUCCUGCAACAGCAGCAGCUGAAACAAUUACAGAUGCAGCGACAACAGCAACAGCAGCAACAAGGUAGACAGGCUGCUGCUGCUGCCGCCAACAAGGCACCCAUGCCGACUGUCUCUGGAGCAGCUGUAGCUGGGAAUACAGUGCAGCAGAAGCAGCAGUUAUUGCAGCAGCAACAUCCCAAGUUACUACAACAGAAAGUGUCUCAGCAGCCACUUACCCAACAGCAGCUGCAGCAGAUACUCCGGCAGAAGCAGCUCACACCACAACAGCAGCUCCAGAUCCAACGCCUGCAGAUGUACAACCAACAAAUGCAGAAGCAAAAGCAACAACAACAGCAACAACAACAACAACAGCAGGGUGGUGCUGGCGGUUCGCCAGUGGCAUCUGUAGCAGCUGCAGCUCAAAGAGUCCCCUCGCCAUCUACCUCACAAGUGGUCACCUCGCAGACGCCCAUCAGUCAGCAGGGAGGUGUCACCCUCAUGGUGACCCAGCAGCACAAGCAGGUACUUGCUCCGACACAGGUACAGCAACAGCAGCCGUCAGGUGCUUCAGCGCCUACAGGGUCACCAACAGUGGCUGCUGCAACUGUGACACAGACGUCUGGGCAAGGCUUCCCACCUGGAACCCAACAGCAGCAGCAACAACAACAGCAACAACAACAGCAACAACAACAACAGUCACAAUCACACCAGUCACCCUACACAAUGAGACUGAGAAACCCUCCCAAGCACUGAGUGGGAUUAGACGUGUGUGCGUGUAUUUCGAUAGUGUGUUGGGCCAUGAUUUUUGUAGGCGAGCGACGAGUGAAGUCUAGAUAUUUUCCUUUUCCAUGCAUUUUAAACGGUCAUAUUAUUUGUGCACCUCGUGGUUGUAUUUUUGCUAUCGCGACUUUUUUGCUCUGUAAAAUUUUGCAAAUGUAAAUAUUUUAUGUUAGUGGUUUACCACCAUUGUUCGUUUCGAGCCAACCUAUUCAGGGGACAUUUAUCAAUGUGUUUGUGCCGCAAUCAAGCGACAUGUAUCAUUAUUGUAAACUUUACUAUUUAGUUGGAUUAAAAAUGUUCCUACACUU